UAGCUUGAAUCAAUGUAUGUAAAUCCACUAUAAUUAAUAUCUACGCGGUUACUCGAUCGCGUAACUGAAUACGAGGGGGUUAAGAGUUCGUUUCUUUUUCCCCCCUUUUUGGGCUGUCAUUGUCAGCUGAUUUGGUUCAUCGUUGAUUCAUCAUAUCCGACAAGAGGUUCGCAGGAAUUGAUUGGGAAAAUGCACAGUAUGUGAUAUUAUUUCUUUAAAAUUCAUUAAAGUGAUGGCUUCUAUUUGUCGCCGCUGGAGACUAUGGAUUUUACCAGUUUUAACUUGUCUCUACGCGCUUCUAAUCAUUAUUCUGGUACCAAUCCUAUUGGCGAAUUCCAUUAAGAAUGGUUUCAGAAAGCAGGAUCAAGGAGCGCUCGUGGGCGGUGCGUUUGUACUGCUUGCCUUACCCAUUGCUUUCUAUGAAAUCGUUCAACACAUGAUAUAUUAUACACAGCCGAGGCUACAGAAAUAUAUUAUAAGGAUAUUAUGGAUGGUACCAAUUUAUGCAGUAAAUGCUUGGCUCGGUCUGGUGUACCCUGAGGGCAGUAUAUAUGUGGACAGUUUGAGAGAAUGCUAUGAAGCAUACGUAAUAUACAAUUUUAUGAUGUAUUUAUUGGCCUAUUUGGAUGCUGAUCGUCAGCUAGAACAUAGGCUUGAAAUGUCUCCUCAAGUUCAUCAUAUGUUCCCUUUAUGUUGUUUACCCGACUGGGAGAUGGGCAGGGAAUUUGUACAUAUGUGCAAACACGGGAUAUUACAAUACACUGCUGUUAGGCCUAUAACAACCUUGAUGUCAUUUAUCUGUGAACUGAACGGAGUAUAUGGAGAAGGUGAAUUCAGAACAGAUGUAGCUUUUCCAUAUAUGAUCGCUUUAAAUAAUUUAUCACAGUUUGUUGCUAUGUACUGCCUGGUGCUUUUCUACCGUGCCAACGCAGAGGCUUUAAAACCGAUGAAACCAAUUGGCAAAUUUUUAUGUAUCAAAGCAGUCGUAUUUUUCUCUUUCUUUCAAGGUGUAAUUGUUGCGUUAUUAGUAUACUUUGAUGUCAUCUCGAGUAUCUUCAAUACAAAUGACAUGGAUGACAUUAGAAAUAUAUCGUCAAAAUUACAAGAUUUCUUAAUUUGCAUCGAAAUGUUCUUAGCUGCUGUGGCUCACCACUAUAGCUUUACGUAUAAACCUUUUGUAAAUCUAGCUCAAGGUCAAGCAUGGUGGGAUGCGUUCAGAGCUAUGUGGGACGUCUCUGACGUUCACAACGAUAUCAAAGAACACUUAGGAGUAGUAGGAUCAUCGUUAAGUCGCAGGAUACGUGGCCGUAGUGCCUAUCAGCAGGCGUGGGGAAGCGCGACAGAACGUACGUCACUCCUUCCCGAGGCGUCUGUGACUACGACCAGGAGUGCACCAGCAUGUUCCUUUUAUAAUACGGGAGAAAUUGAUCAGAACGAUGCUCCCGUCGAUCUCGUUCCAGAUGUGCAGGAUACCACGAACGCGGUGAAAACGUAACUUGUGCGUUAAUCAAAGAGCAAAUAAUACUUUGAUAACUGAGAAGAAUGAUUAACGAGAGCAAUUUCGUCAGGAACACUUUGUCCGAAUUUGCUCUGUAUCGUUAGUAUUACCUUUAAGCAGAGAAAUCUAAUUUUGCAACAAGCGUUCUCCCUUCCCAAAAAAAUAUUUGUACAAAUAUCUCAUUGUCCUGUUUGUCGAACGACGUACGCUCAUCAAGGGGGGAGGUACCGCGACGUGCACCGUAACGAAUUAAGGGAUUUGAUACAAGUCAGUUUAACGAGACCAUGUGUUUGUUUAACAAAAACGCUUUUUUCCUCCUUUAUUUGCGUUACCAAUAAUGUAUUACCAAAUAAUUGUCCGUGUAUGUGUACAUAUGUACUGUGUCACAGUGAAGGUUAUAAUUUAAUAAAUAUAUACAUUUGUAUACUAUAUAGUCAAUGUAAUCCAUAUCAGAUUUAUGGUGUUCGUUUCAAUUGAUCUAAUAUUAAAAAGUUUCAAUUGCUUGUGAAUAAAUUUAAUAAUUAAGUUGGCAUGUAAUUACAUUGACUAGUAAGUGUAUAUUUUUAUUGAAUUGACACAUUUACUGUAAUAUAUAUGUACACAUACAUAUUCUGUUUAUAUUUAAAACAAUAUUAUCGGUACAGUUCUAUUUAUAAAAGGUACGACGUUAUUUAUUGUUGGUUACUGAACCCGAAAAGGAAAAUACAUAACAGACUAUAGAUAUUGUUCAGAUAAAUUGAAAUGUUAUCUGUUGUAUUUUUCGCCUAUGCAAUUACUCGUCCAAUGCUUUGAAACCUCACUAGAGCUAUGUCUAAAUCUGAUAUUAAAUAUACCGUAAAUAACGAGGAAAAAAUCAUUCCUGCCAAAUGUAUAUUAAUAUUUAAUUUUAUAUCAACUAUGUUGAUUAUAAAAUGUACGAAGGAAGCUUACAUGUUCCAAAAAAGAAGCAUAGAAUUAUAAUGCAUUAACGACCGUUGUUAAAAACUAUGCAAAUAAAUGGAAAAUGAUUAUUUGGUGUAACUAGGGACCAGGGUGGCCCCCCCCCCCCCCGCGCCAUUAUAGAAUUAGAAGAUUCUAAAGUUCUAAAAUUCUAAAAUUUAAAAACUAAAAAAUUUUGUAAUUUAAAAACUAAGAAUUUUGAAAUUCAAAAACUAAAAAAUUUUGAAAUUCAAGGCACCUGGCCCGCCCUCCCAAUAAAUUCUAGUUACGCCAAUGGAAAUGAUAAUUAUAAUUGAACAAAAAACGGAAAGUAUCCGUUUUAUGCCGUUAAUGUAUUAAUUUAUACAACACGUUCGUAUCAUGUCGACAUAUAUUUCUCGUGCAUAAGUGGUGUUAAUUAUUCUAGAGAAAUAAUGUAUGAGAAACCCUUUUAAUUUUUUGUAUCCUUAGGUACAGCCAAAUAAGUUUGACAAAAUCUUCUUAACAAAAUUUUAUAAGCGCUUCUCAAGAUAUUGUAAAUUUGUUGUGAAAUAUUUUCGCUAAAAUAGCGUAUUUAUAUGUAAUGAGAUAUUUUAACAGACAUUCGGACCAAAGAUGGAGUAAUAUAGUUUAUGUCAGUUAGUGUUUGUCAGAUGAGAAAUUAGAAGAAACAACCGGUAGUCCUAGCGAUUUAUAUUGUCAAUUAAAAGCCCCUGAAAGGAAAUGAUAUUUUUAAUAUGUUUCUACCGCGUUAUUUGUAACUUUGUGAUACACGUGGAACUAUAUUAAUUACCUAUUAAUUAUGAAUUAAACGAAAGACAGGAAUAAAUUUCAAUAAAAUACCCUGUAAAUUUUUACGUACCACAGGAAGGAACUUAGACAUAGACUGCGUAUUUUAAUAACUUCUACCACUUUUGUACAAACAAACAUAAAAAAAAACAUAUUUCAAUUUCAUGAGUACUUAAUAAAUGAUUCUAUCAAGUGUUAAUUACAUACUUCCUAGGACAUCAAAAA